CCCUAACACAGGGGCCCUCCUUCCUCCCUUCUCCAGAGCCUGCAGGGCUCCCGAGACGUCGCCGCGUGUCUCGCUGCAGUCCGGGAUAUUCCGGCCCCGAGAUUGGGCUACAAGUUGUGCUUCCCUGUGCCUGUUUCCCAUGCCCCUGCGUUACUGUAGAGGCGCUGAGGCUGUGCCCCUGUGGAAGCUGGCUCACUGCCUGCACCCCUUUGCUGUGCUCCUCAGGUGCCACCCUGCUGAUCCCUGUGCCUGUUGCUGUCUCUGGGCAGCCUCUGCUGGCUCUGCCUUCGCCAUUCCCCUUCCCUGGCAGCUUUAGGCUGACCAAACUUAUGGGCAAAAAUGUUCUUCCUUGUGUAUGUGGCAGUAAUUAAGUAGAGGAGACAUGGAUGCUCAGUCAGACAUUACAGUUAUUACUGUGGCCUCUUGCAGUAUUUCUUUUCAUUGCUCACAUCCAUGGCGACCUGCUGUUGUCCCCUCUUUCCACGUUCAGUUUAAAAGAUAGACCUUCAGGAGCGCUGAAUCAGGUACCCCUUGUAGGGGCUUCACUGGUUGGCUUUGUUCACUCAUGGUAGUGCCAGAAUUGGGAUGUUGCCCUCAGCCUCGUGGCUCCCAUGUGCCAUAUGUCCCCAGAGCUGAAUGGGAUCAGCACGUGGGUACCCUCAGCACACAGCAGCUGGAGUGUGGGAUGCUGCACCCUCAGCACUGCAGGCCAUAAUGUCCUCAGUGCACUCUUCCCAUUGCUGCCCUCCCUGCUAUAUACUGAGCACCAUCACACAGCAGAUCUGCUUGUUGCGAGGGCAACAUCAAAGGUUUCAGACUUAAAUUAUUAUUAUCUGAGGAGAAAUGUAAAUCUAAGCCGUAGUGUGGCCUAUUUUAUGGGAAGUAUUACGUGAGGUGGUGGCUGCAAUGGUGGAAAAUGACUUUGUUCAGCAGUUGUUUCUCAUCUCGUGUUUUAUACGCCUUAGCUCACAUGCUUUGCUUAAGCCUCAGUGUAUUAAUUUGGAGUGAGAGUUCCUGCCUUUUCCCUUUCAAACGCAGAAGGAAGGUGCUUAAUUAAAGGGAAAGGUGAUAUUUGCGUAGCUAUGGGGGAGAUUUCCUUCCAGGCAGAAAGAUAGAAUGAGGCAGAGAAGAUUUGUUUGGAAAGUCGCUGAGAGUGGGAAGGAGUCCCAGACAGUCUUGUCUGUCCUCUGUUAAAUGUGUGUUGAAUGUGUUGAAUGUAAACAAUCUUCCAGAGAGACAUCAGCACAGAGUGAGGUGAUCUCAGCUGCGGAAUGUAAUUGGGACGCAGUGUUGAUUCACUUUGAUCAAAGCCAGCCUGUAAAUGCGAGUCCAUUCCAUCAUGCAGUGCGAGUCAAACCUGAAAUCCUGACUCAGAGCUUCAGAAGUCAGAAGCCAAGGGGUGCUUGAGGUUGGAGGAGGGUGGGGAGGAAGGAUUAUCACAAACCUGCAUCCUGCAGUGCUUGUCCCUCGCUGUGCUCCGCGUGGCAGGAGGAAUGUGCUGCUGCUGUCCAAGCAGCAUUAUGUGGGCAGUGCAGGCUGGGUGGAGCCUUCACUGUGUGCUCUGGCACUUGAAUCAAAGGUUCAACAUGACUGCCUCUGUAGUGCACUGACUUCUGUUGUCCUUGUGCUUGUAGGUCUGUAUGGUAUGGAUCAUCUGUCACAGGAUUUCAGUUCUGUUACUCUUUGGUUCUAAGUGCCGUUUAGAUUCACAGGGUAUAUGUCACAAGGAAAAUAUGCGGAAGCAAGAGAGUUAAUGUACUCAGGGGCUCUGCUGUUCUUCAGUCACAACCAGCAAAACAGUGCUGCUGAUCUGUCCAUGUUGGUUUUGGAGUCUUUGGAGAAGUCAGAUGCAAAAGUAUCAGAUGACCUUUUAGAAAACUUGGCAAAAUUGUUUAGUUUAAUGGAUCCAAAUUCUCCUGAAAGAGUGGCUUUUGUAUCCAGAGCACUGAAGUGGUCUAGCGGGGGAUCAGGAAAACUUGGCCAUCCAAAAUUACAUCAGUUACUAGCCAUUACCCUGUGGAAAGAGCAAAACUAUAGUGAAUCUCGGUAUCACUUCUUGCACUCCACAGAUGGUGAAGGCUGUGCAAACAUGCUCGUGGAAUACUCCUCAUCCAGAGGCUAUCGCAGUGAGGUGGACAUGUUUGUAGCACAGGCAGUCCUACAAUUUCUCUGCUUAAAAAAUAAGACCAGCGCCUCAGUUGUUUUUACAACAUAUACACAGAAACAUCCUUCAAUAGAAAAGGGUCCACCCUUUGUGCAGCCACUGCUAAACUUCAUCUGGUUUCUGUUAUUGGCUGUUGAUGGGGGAAAACUAACAGUAUUUACAGUAUUGUGUGAACAGUAUCAGCCGUCCCUGAAAAGAGAUCCCAUGUAUAAUGAGUACCUAGAUAGAAUAGGACAGCUUUUCUUUGGUGUUCCGCCCAAGCAGACAUCGUCCUAUGGAGGAUUACUAGGAAAUCUUUUAAACAGCCUGAUGGGAACUGGAGAAGAUGAUGACACAGAAGAUGGUCAGGAAGACAGCAGUCCUAUUGAACUGGACUGAGUAUUUUUGCCACAGGCUGCCGUGCACACUGACGAUUCGAUGACUGCAAAGACAGUUUUGGAAUUUGAAUCCUGCAGUUGUUUCUUGGCGCCUAAAAGGGCUCCUCCAGUCUUUUAGAAAUGGUUGCUGAAAUGUUUAUAAUGUUUGGUCUAUAUUAUUUAUGUAAACAAAAGAAAGAAACCAACAAAAAGUAGCCAAAAGAACCAAUGGCAGAGAUUGUUAGCAGGUUUCCGAUGCAGCGGCUGGUGACUUUGAUUAAAAUAUAGUCGUCUACGGUUUCUGAUGCAGUAUUCCUUUUGCACAAUAACUCAGUACACAGGGGUCUGCUCCACGACCUACCCACUACCACGUUUGUUACAAGAAGGCCUCCCUGACCUCUGCCAUCUGCGAGGAACAUCCUGAAAGCAGGGUGAGUCACUGUGUAACUGAGGGCUGAGGCUGGUGCCAAAAGCCCUGCGAUGCAUGCGAGGAGCUGCACAGCCAGGAUGCACUGACAGCAGGAGCUCCCUCUGCUGCAGUGAGAACAGCACUGCCUGUGUCUGUGGUGAGCUGGCUCUGCCUGAGCCCGUGUGUGUUUAGCUGAUACUUCUGAAAAGCACAAGAUUGAAUUGCUCUCGAGUGAAAGCUGAUCAGUGGAACGCAGGUAAUUGGCUCCACACGGAUCUCUCUUGCCUAGGCUUAAAAAUUGGGCAUGUAAAAUACCUCCUCUGGCUGGAGGCUCUGCUCCUUUGGAACAUUCUUUCUCAUUCUGAGUUCACACCCAUCUGUAACAGUGAAGAGCCACGAGCAAUGUCUGCAUUUGAAAUGCAGCUAUAUGUAAAGAAAAGGGAUACUGCAGAACUUUUGGUUCUUUAUGAUAUAUUUAUUUUUCUCGGGUGAUUGAUUCAUUUAACACUUCGUGUAAAAAGGAUAAAUCAAUAAAUAAUGGAGUAAUUUCAACCCCAGUGGUAGGCAUAGCAGUUCUACAUCUUCUCUUUAAUGCAGAGCGCUGCGUGGCGGUGGUGCAGCAAACAACUGGGAGGGGGAAACGCUUUAUUUUUUCACGAUGAAAAUACGAAGGCUUAGAUUAAUAAACAGCAAUCAUGCAUGGGGGAGGGAGGGGUUCAUCAGACUUCACUGCCUGUAUGAAAAAGAAAAGAAGGCAAUGAAAGGCAGAUUUUGUGUUAAUUGUGCUGUCUCAAAUAAACACUUUAUACCAGGAUCUACGAUA